AGUCGAUUUUUAAUCACUACGUUCCAUUUUUGUUCGCAGUUGAUUGUAAAAAAACACGCAGCUAGCUUACAGUUUAUUAUUUCUGCAUUUCGAACCUCUCAUGCUAGUUAUUCUGUAUUAGUGGUAAAACAUUGUGCACUCGGUGACCGUCUAAUUGAGAUUUGCACGAAUUGUGUAAAGCUAACACGGCAUUCUCUUGUUACUGCUAGCUAUUAGCUUCGCUGUUGUAGCUGCUUUAUUUUAGACAAAAGUACGCCGACGCAAAGAUGCAAGUGGAAAAUCUCGAAACACCAUACGAAGAAGAGGAUGAGUAUAUUGAAUGCAAGAUUUGUGAAAAAUCCCUGAGAGGUAACUCCCUGUACAAGAUACACCUGAUCACAUCAGCACAUAUAAAGAGAGAGAGUGUCCUUGCUGCUGAGGGAAAGGUUACCCGACAACACGUUGUACCCAAGUUUAAAGACAUUUUGGAGUAUCUGGAAUACUUAAAUCUUGAUGAACCCAUCAUUGGUUUAAAUUUUUUCGAAGAGAUGCCAUCUUUUGAGCCACUACUUGGCCCCAAGUACAAUUGCAGGUUGUGUAAUCUGUCUGGAGCGGUUGUGGAAAUGAUCUUCCACGUGAUUGGACGAAAACAUCGUCAGAGAUAUGUGGAAGUUGAACGUCCAGACUUGGUCACCUGGGAUAAUCAAACUGCAAAAACCCAGGUAGGGAAAAGCAUUCGAGCCAAAGCUGAGAUAGUUGAGAGACAGGAUGGACAAGGAACUCCAAAGAUGCUCUUAAGAAGACGAAGUGAGGACAGAGUAAACGUCUCAAGAGCUCCUCCAAACCAGUGGCCAAAAAGGGAUGAAAACCUCCCACAACAGACACACCAAGAAGUUCCACCACUUCUACCUGAAUUCAAAGAUUACAAAGAUAAAAAGAAUGUUUCAGGUUAUCAGGAAACUCCUGGGUUCUUUCCAAAUGAACCUCCCAACAAAAGAUGGUUUGGAGCGGCAGACCCAACUGGUCAUGAUCGCUUCCAAGAGAAACGGGGAAGGCCAGACUACAGAGAAGGUUUUGAUUACCGAAAGGAGUUCAAGAAGCCUGAUGUUUAUGAUCCAUUUGAAAGCGAAUAUGCCAGACAGCAACAAGGCAGUGGAAUACCUGGGCCACAGGAUGCUCAAAGGUAUGAUUAUGGCCAUCAGAUGUCUCGUGGCCAAUUUCAAGAUGUAAAUUAUUACCCAGCAGGAGCUCCUCCUAAUAAAAGACCCUGUCCAGAAAGAGAUCCUCUAGAUGAGCAGCUCUACUCUGAAGAAGUUAAACGUGGCCAAGCUAGUUCUUUUGGACAUCAGCGCUCCUCACAGAUGAUGUACCCUGAAGGUGAUAAACGAAGCUUCAUGGAGAGCAGCACACACAACAAUAUGACAGGCGCAAGAAGGCAAGGAUCAAGUGAACCAGAGGCCAAGAGGAGGAGCUUUUCCUCACCUCUGGACACUGAUCCAUCACAUGAGCAAAUGCUAAUCAAAGAUUAUUGUUACGAACCAAGAGAUCAAUAUCAAGAGAAAGCAUUCGACAAUGCUGGUCCAAACAAAGCAGGACCCUCUUCAAGUCAGAGACGUGUGGAAGUUUCCAGUAUCGUGUCAGACAUACCAGAGCCAUUCAGACGUUUCAUGAAAGGUAAUGAAAAUGACGAGACAAGAAGUGCUGGUAAACGAAGAAGUCGCUUCUCAGAUGCCUCACCAGAAGAAGUGAAAGUGGCAAAAGAGACAUUCAGGGAUGAAUAUAAACCUUCUUAUAUGCAAACUGACAGUGGCAGGGAUUCCAGACCAGGUGGUGGACUGCAGAGACCUGAAACCCACUUUACACAAUAUUCAGAUCACCCCACAGGAUUACAGGCUUCACAUUUUGGUGAAAGUUACAGCAGAGGAGGCUCGGAGUCAGGUGGUGUGUUCGACAUGCUGAAAAAUGUUCAAAUUGAGAGUGCAGAAGAGGCUGAUUUCCUGAAGAGCAAACUCGCCAGUGUUUUGGCAGAAUUUAAAAACAAAAAAAUGGAGAAAGCUGGGUACGACAGCCAAAGUCGAGCAGGAGCCUCAAAUUACGGUGACUCGGUGCCACCCCUUAGAGACAGUUUUGACCACAGACGACAGGACGACCCCAAUUUCAGUCACGGGAGAGGUUGGGAGCAGCGUGACUAUACAUCUGAGCAGCACCAGCAGGAGUACAACCAUCCUGUUCAGAUGGAGCCCAGAUACUCGAGCAGAGGCCGUUUUGAAGAUCAACCAUCUUAUUAUCCUGAAAGGUUUCAAGAAUCCAUGCACCCUCAAGACUACCAGCCUGCCGAUGGACAGUUCUUUGAGCCUCACUCCUCUGCAGCUCCGCUCCAAAUGGAGCAGAAGAGUAGAGAUUCUCGCUACUCCAACAACCUGGACAAAAUCACCAGUACUCUCCUGGAGCUUGUGGCAAGAAAAUAAUCAUUUUCAACGUGAAUCUGUAAAAUAAAAAUGUUUUUUUUAAAUGGAUUUCAUUUUUAAAGGAUUUUUUUUUUUAAG